CAGAAGGGUAGAACAGAUCCUGGUGUUAAGGGAUGGACGUUUCAAUUUAAUUUGAGGCACUUUCCCUGAAGGAGGGGCAGGGAGAAAGAAUUGUUGACCUUCAGAAGGAAAAGAGGGAACGACCCAAUAAGCAGCCUGCUUAGCAGAGGAGAACAGGGGAAGUACGGAGGAAAAAGGGGGAAAGAAACAGAGUGAGAGAGGAGGAGAAAGCAAGGUGGGAGAGCAAAACUCUGUGAGAGUGAAGUGACAGCUAGAGGAUUCAUCAAACGAGGGCAGGAACCAGCAACAGGACAAUGAAAGCUGGGCUUGCAUACUGCUCUCUUCUUGUCCUUCUUCUGAUCACGGAUGUCUGUGGCCAGCGAAGACCAAGACCAAAGCCUGUCCGCCCAUCUACCACCAAGAAACCUCCUGCCCCCAAAAAACCAUCCUCUCCUGCCCCCAAAUCUGCACCCGAACCCCAGGAACCCACAGAUUUCCCCCCUCCGAUCCUAGGCCCUCCCUCUGAAUUUCCAGACUGCCCCAGAGAGUGUUUUUGCCCACCAUCUUACCCAAAUGCCCUGUACUGUGAAAACCGCAACCUCCGGAAGGUCCCGAUCAUCCCAUUCCGAACCCACUAUCUGUACCUACAGAACAACUACAUUGAUCAAGUAACUGCAGACUCCUUUAACAACUGCACUGAGCUUAAGUGGAUAAAUCUGGGAAACAACCGCAUCCGUUCGGUGGAGAAACAAGUGUUUGAGAAGCUGCCAAACCUCCUUUAUCUUUAUAUGCAGAGGAACCAGCUAAAGGAGGUGCCCGACGACCUGCCGGUCGGUCUGGAGCAGCUUAGACUCAGCCGCAACCAGAUCUCAAAGAUCCCUCCUGGAGCGUUCAGCAAGAUGAAACAUCUUGCGCUUCUGGAUCUGCAUCACAACAAGAUCAGCGACAGCAGCAUGGGAAAGAACAUCUUCAAAGAUCUGAAGAACUUGAUUCAGCUCAAUCUGGCCCACAACAUCCUACGGAAGAUGCCUGCAAAUAUACCCAACAGCCUCUUCCAACUGUUCUUGGACAGAAAUAACAUUGAAGAGAUUCCACAGGACUACUUCAAGGAUUUCACAAACCUAGCCUUUGUGAGACUUAACUACAACCAGCUUAGUGACAAAGGCCUUCCAAGGAUGGUGUUCAACGUGAGCUCACUGUUGGAUUUGCAUUUGGCCCAUAACAAGCUGAGCACUGUUCCCCUGUUCAACUCUGAGCUGGAGCAACUUCACCUCAACAACAAUAACAUUGAGAAUAUAAACGGCACUGAGAUCUGCCCCACUAACUCUCACAACAUGCACGAUGAAAACGGAGCACCCAAACUGAGAUACCUGCGUCUGGAUGGCAAUCACUUGAGUCCUCCUGUGCCCUUUGAUAUCAUAAUGUGCUUCAGACACCUCCAUGCUAUAGUAAUAUAAGAAGUUAUGAGUGAUGAACAUGAUUUAUGUAUGCCUGUGCACAACCAGGCCUUCCUGUCUACUUGACAGUACUGAUUGAAUCAAACAGUACCAGAGAAAACAAGCAAGGAAUUAAGAACAAAUGGCAAUGCAUUUUAAAAAAAAAUUUUUUUUUUUUUUUUUAUCUUUAACGUUCAGGAAUGUUUCAGUGUGUAACCUAAAAACCUUCGAUGCAUCGUAUUUAUUGAAUUUCCUGCCUUGAAUACAACUGAGCAUGAGUAUUCUGCAUUAAACGUUUCUAUGUGAUUAUACAGAACAGAAGCAGCAACAAUGGCUGAGUGGAAUUAAUUAAACCCUAAAAAUAAAGGUACAUUAACUGACGUACUGUGCUACAGACAACUAGUGUAGUUACAAUGAAUAAACUGCAAGAAGUAUACUGAUCUAUAGAGGUUGACUAGAGAUUCGGUGAAAAGAAUGAUAAACAGGGGAAUAAUGUAACUACUGUGUAGUUGAAAAUGUCCUUAAUGUGCCUGUGUUUUUAAAGUACUGUGUGUAGUCCUGCCUUCAUCUUGUGUCAAUAUUUCUAUAUAAAUAUGUAUAGAAAAAAAAUUUCUAUUCAAACAUACUUAAACAACAAACAUAAUAUUGCCACCAAAAGGUUUUUUUUACUUAUUUCACUUAGGGCUUUUCACAAAUUAAUAAGAGGCUAAUUUAACCAUUCCAUUUAUAUGGUUUUAUAUUAGUCAUAUACGCAUACGCUAUCUGAAAGUAGACUCUGUCACUGCAAAUGUAGAAUGCACCUGCUAUAUUCCACACUUCGCAUAACAUAAAAAUACAAUAAAACAAUAACAAAUGGAGCAAUUCCAACAGGAUCCUCACGCCAUAAAGAAUUCCAAUAGGAUCCUCGCACCACCAAGAAGACAGAUUUAUUGUGUAAUUUACUACACAUACACAAACUUUUUCAAAGACAAAUGUACCCAGCACAAAAGAAAAUUGUGUCUAUAGCGACAUCUAGUGGUAAACUAUUAUCAAGUACAGUACAUUAUAUUGAGUAAAUUCAUCUUUAAGGCCCAGUUUCACAGACAGGGCUUAGAUUACACAAGGAUUAGGCCUUAGUUCAAUUAGGGCAUUUAAGUAGCUCAUAUGUACCCAGCACAAAAGAAAAUUGUGUCUAUAGCGACAUCUAGUGGUAAACUAUUAUCAAGAACAGUACAUUAUAUUGAGUAAAUUCAUCUUUAAGGCCCAGUUUCACAGACAGAGCUUAGAUUACACAAGGAUUAGGCCUUAGUUCAAUUAGGGCAUUUAAGUAGCUUUUAUAAACGUGCCCAUAAAAAAAAAAAAAAAAAAAAAAACAUUACUGGUGUGCAUCUUAAGACAAAACAAUGCCACUGACAUAUUUUAAGAUAUAAUGUAAUUGUGCAGUGUAAUUGCAUUCAGUUAAAGAGACAGCACCCAAAAAUGAAAAUUCUGUCAUCAUUUACUCCCCCUCAAGUUGUUUCAAACCUGUAUACAUUUCUUUGUUCUGCUGAACAAAAAGAAUUUUAUACAGGUUUGGAACAACUUGAGAGGGAGUAAAUGAUGACAGAAUUUUCAUUUUUGGGUGAACUAUCCCUUUAAAACAGCUCAAACAUGCAUUUUAGUCUAGGACUAGCUUAAAGGGUUAGUUCACCCAAUAAUGACAAUUCAUUCAUUUGUUACUCACAUCUAUUGUUCUACACCCAUAAGAAUUUCAUUAAUCUUUAGAACACAAAUUAAGUUAUUUUUGAUAAAAUCCGAUGGCUCAGUGGGGCCUGCAUUGCCAGCAAGAUCAUUUCCUUUUUCAAUGCCCAGAAAGCUACUAAAGACGUAUUUAAAACAUUUCAUGUGAGUACAGUAGUUCAACCUUAAUAUUAUAAAGUGACGAGAAUACUUUUUGUGCACCAAAAAAAAAAAAAUAAUAAUUACUUUAUUCAACAAUAUCUAGCAAUGGGUGAUUUCAAAACACUGCUUCAUGAAGCUUCAAAGCUUUACGAAUCUUUUGUUUUGAAUCAGUGGUUCAGAGCGCCAAAAUCAUGUGAUUUCAGUAAACGAGGCGUUGAAAUUUCAAUAGUUCACGUGACUUCAGCAGUUUGAUAUACGCUCUGAACCACUGAUUCGAAACAAAAGAUUCGUAAAGCUUCGAAGCUUCACGAAGCAGUGUUUUGAGAUCGCCCAUCACUAGAUAUUGUUGAAUAGUAACUUAUUUUUCGCACCAGUUUCAGUGAAUUGUUAACUGGAGACUCGCUCUGACCAGAUCAAAGACUGAAUCAGUGAGUUGUUGACUCGAAAACAGGUGCAAUUGGAUCGAUCCAAUUCACGAACAAAUUGUUCAGUGUGAUUUGUGAUUUCGCAAGGUUCAUUAAAAAGCAGGUUUAUUAAAAAGACGAUUUCUUCAGUUCAAAAUUUCAUGGAAGGACAUGUUUUUAUGAAACGUGGCUGAGUAAAAAGUAUGACAUUAUGCUUUGGAAUGUUGUAAAGUGAAAGUAAAAGUUUCCCAAAAUAAAGUACAGAUACUUAAAAAUAAAAAUAAAUACUUUGUCACUGUC